AUGGAAGGUCCUUCAGAGUGGGUGCCCGAUGUCCAGCUCAAACAAGAGGUCAUGUCGGACGAAUCCACGGAAUAUGGAGGAUAUCGAACAGAUCUCGGACAAGGUACCAAGCUCCAUGUCAAAUCCGAAUUUCGUCAAAAGCAACCAGUUGUGUUCCUGGAGAAACUCGAUCUCACAUCGUUCAAGAAUGGAACCUACCACACUAGCGACCUGCAAAACUCACCGGUACCUUUUCAAGGACCGCAUGUUGAUUAUGAAGAAGAACCUGACGCCGAUUUCAGGGACAACCCAGGAGAAUCUGCUCCUCUCGAAAGGAAAUACGUGACUUCGUCACUGCUGUCGCGUAUAAAAAUAGAGGAAGCAGAGGAAGAUGGAAAUCCGAAAUCAGAACUCGUCAACAAGAGCGCUAUUCUUCGUUUGGUUCUGAAACAAGAAUCGGACAUCGGAUCUUCGACGAAUGAGCCGUCCGAUUCCAGACCGGAAAUCGAGCGUCAGGGCGAGACUGUCACGGUCACGGGCAAAUCCAAAGAAGACGAUACUCAUAGAGAAAUCAGCGAUCGAAAUUCGAACAUGCGGAAAAAUCCGGUUGUCCUGUUGGAAAGACUCGAUCCAAUAUUGGUGCGUUACCAUUCAAAACCGUCGGACUCUGCCUCGAGUUCAUCCUCUUUCCAGCUGAAAACGGAGGGAGGAUCAGGUGUAGAUCAUGGAUCCGUCCACAAUCAUAUCCCAGAAAACGACGGAAUUGACAACAAAAAUACAGGCAGAAUGUCUGUAAGCGUCCCAGAAUUGUCGUUACAAAAAGAACAAAAAGUGUCCAAAAUGAAGGCCGUAGAUACCGUCACUUCAAACAAGGAUACAAACAAGCUUCAUCUUAAAACUACAAAUAAAUCUGCCUCAAGGAACAGUCUCAAUCCUCCCAAUAAUACGAAUUCGUCAUCUCUUCGGGGGCAUGUAAAAGAUGGACAUAACAAAGAUGAAACAUUCUCCUGUGAUAUGCGGUCGGAGACUUUUAAUUCCAUCAACUCUCCCAAAGAGCAUCUUAGAAUCUUGCACAACAACGAGCAGCACAUGUUCUUACGUAACCAGUGUCCCUCUACUUUUAAAGAGAAGGAUAUUUUAUACAAGGACAAUUCUCACAUCCACAGCAACGAUCCGAACUUCGCGUGCACUCAGUGUUCCCGUAAAUUUGAAUUGAAAAAAGACUUACAAAUACACAAAGAGAGCGUCCACAAUAAUGAACGACCCUUCCCGUGUGGUCAAUGCUCGAAAACAUUUAAAUUUAGUUCUGCACUGCGGGUCCAUGCCCGGUGCGUCCACAGGGAAAUUCGACCAUUCUCAUGCGAUCAAUGUGGAAGAAAAUUCAAAUUAAAGGGUAAUUUAAAAAGGCAUGGAGGUUCAGGUUUGGAUCAUGUUUUCGUCCACAAUCAUGUCCCUGAAAACCAAGGAAUUGACAGACUGUCCAUGAAUACAAAGUUUUUGUCAAAAAACAAACGUAAAACGUCCAAAACGAAGGAUCCAGAAACAUUCACUUCUACUCCGAUUAAAGAAAAUAUUCGUGUUCCAACUCCGGAAAAAUCUGCUCCUACAAGGGAUUUAAAUUCUCCCAGUAAUGCGAGUACAGUUUUGACGCACCUCAGCCGCCAAAAUAAAUAUCCACCAGACGAGAGGAAGUUGAAGUCGGAAACCGCUGACAGGCAUACAAACAGUGAUGCUCAAAUCUCUGCAAAUGUCCAGUAUUCACGGCCCCACACCAGUGAUCAACUCUCCCCUUCAAGUGAAUACUCGCCACAAGUUCAAUCAAAACCUCCCGUAAGCUCACCAGUGAUGCACAUGGACGAGGAUCGACCAUUUUCGUGUGUCGAGUGCUCAAGAAAAUUCACAUCGCGGGCAGCUCUUCGAAGGCAUGUCAUUCGUCGCCACAACGGAGAUGAAAUAUUCUUCUGUGAGAAGUGCUCCGUCCGAUUCAAAUCGAAUGUUUAUCUACAAGCACACCUCAGAAACUCCCAUGAUAGUGAACGACCAUCGUGUAGCCAGAGCUCAUCACCUUUCGAAUCUAAGCAUAAUUUAUGCAACCGCAUUAUUCACAUCCGCAGCAAUGAUCGGAACUUCGCGUGCACUCAAUGUUCCCGGUUACAACAGUUGUGUCUCUGA